AUGCUGGCGAUCUCACUCUACCUGCAGCAGCAACGUCGGGCGGCGGCAGCGGCGGCGGCGACGCCCGCAGCGAGCAACAGCCCAGUGGGCAGCUACAUCCCAUCGCCCAGCAGCGGGGGUCUGAGCGGGGCGAUCGGGGGGGCGAUCGUUGGCGGCGUCGCGUCGGCGGCGGCUACCGCCGCCAACGUCGCCACGGCAGCCGGGGCCGCCGGCGUGCGCGACCUGUCCUGGCAGGGGGCCGGGACGGCGCCGGCGGCCGGCUCAGCGGCGGCCGCCGGCGGGGCGUUAUCGCCCGCCGUGUCCUCUCCCAGGGCCGGAGGACAGCAACAACAGCAGCCGCACGCAAGCGGUGCCCCGAACAGCGGCAGCGGCGGCGGUAGCGCUAUCGCUUUGAACCCCUCCGCGCUCUUGGGCCGCGGGAGGGAGGCCGACGCCGCCUUUGCCUCCGCGCUAGAGGCUUACCAGCGUCGCGCUUCGGAGGACUCCGCCGCGGCGGCGGCAGGCUACGGCGGGAGAGGCGGCGGCGGCGCUGCUGCUUCCUCGCCCCCGGCGGCGAGGCUCGGCGCGCGCGCGGCCCUGCUGUACGCGGACGUCGCCGCCGCAGCUGCGGAGGAUCUUGCGGAUCGCGCCGGUCCGCGGAGCGGUCUUGCCGGUGCUGGGGAGGAGCUCCAGGCACAAGCCGAGGAAGCUCUCCUCAACGCCUCCGUCUUGGAAACCCCGCUGUGCGCGGCGGUGCUGCUGGAGGUGUCCGCCAACCGCUGCCGGGAAGCCGGGCGGUUGAGACGCGCCGCCUUCCGACUCAUUCAGGCGGGCCACAUGUACAAGACCUUCGCGAAGGACAGCGGAGAGGCCUACCGACAGCAGCAACAGCAGCAGCAGGGCGGCUCGGCGGCCGCGGCGAUCUCGAUUGCUUCGCCGAAGUUCGUGGGCAUGCACGCCGCUCGUUGCUUCCUCGGGUCGCUGUCGGGGUACUCGGGCAGCGGCUGGCUCGCGGCGGAGGAAUACGCCUGUACCGUGCUCCCAACUGAGCUCCGCGCUCUCCAGCGACCGGUAGCGGCCUUGCAGCUGUACGUCAGGCUCGUGUCGGCUGCGGGUGCGAGGAGAGAGGGCCGAAACGCGGCCAUCGCAGGCGGCGGCAGCAGCGGCGCGCUGGCCGGGUCGUCGACACACUCUCAGCAGCAGCAGCAGCAGAAACGAGCGGCGAGGGAGGCUAGCUUGAUGGUGACGUUCGAGGACCUCUGCUGGAGGUACCCCGACGCUGCGAGGGUCGCUGCUAGGGCGUGGGAGAGGGGCCGCGAGACAAGCAAGCUGGACAUGUCAUUCUUCCCGAUCACCGACCGGGCGAGAGGUCCUCCGCCUCCCUCGCGAAAAGCGCCUGCCGCAGCGCCAACAGCAACACCAAACUCGCCGCACAGCAACGCCGAUCUCCUCGGAAUAGACUUCGACAGCAGCGGCGAAGCCGAAGCCGAAGAAGAAGCUUCGGGGGAUGGCGGCGGGUUGGGAGGGGGUCUCGUGACUGCGGGAGUCGGGGAAGGGGUAGUGUUCGAGGAGCUCGCGCUGCCGGGGGUGGUGCACGAGGAGACCCGCCCGGUGGACACAGAAAACGCCUCCGUCGAGGCAUCCGUCAAGGUUACCGAUGGCGCGAGCUGGGCUCAAGACAUGGCCGACGCCCUGAAGGCCGAGCUAGCUGCGGCGGACGCCGUGAGGGCCGGGGAGGGGCCCUGGCUGACGCUCUCUGCGUCGUACGGGCACAAGGCCGGCACGCUGUCCUCCUCCUCUCGAGAACCCUCGUCCUCCAGCGCCAAGAAACCGUCCCACCUACCGCCGCCGCCGCGCUCCGCCCCCGUUGGAGAGCCGGUGACGGUGCUGGUGAUGCUCGAGAACCUCCUCGCUGUACCGGUGACCGUGGAGGACUUGCAGCUGGUGCUCACCGCGCCCGCCGCCGCAGGCGAGGGGCAAGAGGAGGAGGAGGUCGCGUGCAUGGCUCUCGACGAGGAGGAGUUCCAGAAAACGUACUCCCCCAAGCCUGCGACGGGCGAGGAGGCGCUGAUGGACAUGCUGGCGUCGUCCCCUCCCACACCGGCUACCGCUGCUGCGGCUGCCACUGAUGCCACGGCGGCGGCGGUUGCGAUCGAGCGGCGCCGCGCGACGGUCCCGCCGGGAGAGCGCCUGCCCGUGCUCCUCAAGUUCUGCGCGCUCCGUCCCGCCACCGCCGCGCUCACCGUCUCCUCCGUGCGGUGGACGGUUUUCCAGUGGAACGGAGGCAAGGAGGCCGGGGGGACGGGAGAGGCUUGUCCCCGUGUUUGGGUGUCGCACCGGUUGGAGGGCAGGGGGAAGCUUCUCCACGCCACGCUGGAGCAACGGGCCGCGAAGGCUCGAGCGCCGGCUCCACCACCGCGGUUUGAGGCCACGGGAUCGAUGCCGUGGCUGGGCUGUUCGCUGGAAGGGGUUCCGCCGACGCUGUUGCAGGGGGAGGUGGUCCGGGCUACGCUCAACGUCACCAACAGGGGCAGGGCGCCGGCGGGACACCUGUGUCUCAAGACCAACCUACCGUGGGUGGCGUUCGAAGAGCCUUCCACCGCGACUAUUGGUGGGGAUGAGGCGUCGGCAACAGGCGGGGGGGCUACAGGGGGUGCGGUGGGGGCAUCGGGGACAACUCUUGCUCCUCCGGUCGGGGUCAUCAUGCCGGGGCAAAGCGUUGCGCUCCCCCUCUGGGUGAGGGGAAGGGGCGGCGGGCGACAGACGGUCCGGAUGAUCGUCCGGUACAAGAGGGCUCCCCCUUCGUCAUCGUCAUCGCCAUCAUCAGCGGAAGGCGGUGGUGGGGAGCGGGACGGGGAAUGGGGCGUGGUGUCCCCCAGCAGUGACAAGCUGUUCAGGUUAGAGCGCCACGCCCCCGUGUCCUUGGAGAUGUGCGUGCUGCCGAGCCUGUCGGUCGCGGCUUCCGUCCUCCCGAGCUACUCUCGCCGGGGGGAAUACGUGCUGUCCCUGGAAGCCACCAACUACCGCAGCAAUGGGGACGAGGCGCAAGGGAACAGGCACCUCCGCAUUCACAAGGUGUGUGCGAUAAGCCGGUGCUGGAGAAUGGAGCCCCUGGCAGGAGUUCCAUCGAAGGAGGAAGGCGGUGUCGGCGCGGGGGCGGGUGGUUCGGACGAAGGCGGUACGAUCGUGCAUUGGCAGGAGAGGAUCACGCUCCACUACCGACUCUUUCCGGUCGAGGGCGGCGAUGUAAUCGAUGGCGAAGAAGCCCCUUCGGUGCGGCAUAACGACUGCACCUUGGGGGGCACCGGCACGACGACGGCUGAUUGGCCUGGUAGCGAGGACUCCCCCCACCUCCCCCUCCUCUGUUUGGAGCAGGCGGCCAGCAACUACUACCAGGCGUGCCGCAAGCACCGGCAGCAGAAGUUGGCGGAGGAGGCUGCUGCCGCAGAUGAACAGCCUAGAACUAUCCAGGGGGUCCGGAAGGAGAGGGAGAGGGAGAACGCUAUCGAGGCUCUGAAGAAGGAGGAGGAAGACGAGGAGAGGAGGUGGCGCACGCAGAGGCGGGCACACCCGACGUCGCCGGACGCUCUCUGCGCUCCCGACGUGUCUCUCGUGCACCUCAUGGUCCUGUGGGGACUAGAUGGGAGCGGAGACGCCCCUGCUCGCGUGGGGCAGCAUCAUGUCCGCAGUCUGGUCAUUCGGCCGGAGAGAGUCGACAGGCAGUGCCCGCUGGUGCUUACGGUCAAGUACCCUUCGGAAGUGACCUGGGACGGGAGUAGCCACGUUGGCGCAGGGGAGGAGGGUCCCCGCGGAUGUGACGCGGAGGUGACGGUGUGCGCGACCAACCGGCUAGCGGGCCCCCGGGAGAACGCCAAGGUCAACUUCACCUUCGAGGUGCGCGCAGACGACGGUCCGAGGCGACUAUCAACCGUUCCCGGUGCACCGCCCCCCCAGGCGUCCGGGGGGGGAGGCCAGGGAACCAGCAACAAGAGGCCACCACGCAACCGUUUCGUGUGGCUAGGGCCGACGAGGCGGAGGGUUGUCGGACUUGGGCCUGGGGAGGCGACGACGAUACCGCUGAAGGUCCGGUUUCUGCGACCAGGAGUUUUCGACCUCAACCGCUUCCGCUUUGUGGUAGAGUUCGCGCCGGCCGCCGCCGCGUCUGGCAAAGGCAAGCCUGCCACUGCGUUGCCACCAUCGAUCCCGAACACACAACAGCAGCGAAGAGACUCGUCUUCGUCUCAGCAGGGCAGGGUGACGUUCGUGUUCCCAGCUCAGUACCUUGUUACUGUUGCGCCGUCGCCGCCGCUUCCGCGACCUUCAUCGGCGGUCAAGACUAACAAAGCGUUGGUGGGGGCGGGAGGCGGCAUGUCCCCUGGCUCGCCAGCUCUGGAGGAAAUCCUCGUCGCAUGAUACACGGGGUUUCCUUGCUUACGCAUGUUUCCUGAGAUUCCUUGUGGCUAUCGAAGCUAGAGAAGUCCGGCGUUCGAAGGUGCCCUUGCUUGCCAAAUAAUUUAUGUGUUCGAGGAAGGUUUUCUUUUUUGUUGCCCUAUCGACCCUGCACUCCCACUGUCGGCGUCACGUGUGUCCUCGACGCGUUGUUUUCUGGAGCACGUGAGAGAAUUUCGUUGCAAAUUUUCUUGUUUCUGUUUUUUGAUGUUGCAGCAGUGAUUCGGUGCUGUUGCCGUAUGCUUGCUGUCCUUCCCGUCUCUUGGUAGGUGGAUGCGAAGAACUAGGUUCUCUUAGGCAUGUUUGAUUUCCGUUACAUUUGUUUUUAUAUCAAGCGGCGUCUUGCGCUGGCAGUUUCUCUCACUGCAAUGGGAGAAUUCACGUAUUGUUUCCUGAUGUACAUGUUUCUGAUCGCACAAAUGUAGCUAACCCUCGCCCUAACUAACUCGCCGAGGUGGUGCUGGAGUUGACUGCGUGAAGUCCUUUUCAACCGAAGUCAGAAGGCAGUGCGCUGUGUCGAUAGCUAGCCCUAGCUUGCGUUGUCGUGAACCUGGACGCUGAUACUGCUGCCUUAUUUUCUGGAGGUUGAUACUGCUGCCUUCUUUUCUUGCCUCGAACUCUUGGGUCACGCACCAUUGCUGCCUACGCCUUCCACGAGACGGUGCGUAUUAUUGUUCAGUUGAUAUGGGAGUCGUUGUCUCUCCGGGACUUGUCUUGGGUUUCAUUGUUUUCGAGACGGCGUGAGUCUCUGAUCUUCCGGGGUAGGAUGUGUAGGGCUGAGGCCAGAUACGUCUGCCUACGCAUUUCGUUUGGAGUGAGAAUGAUAUGAUGUUCACAGGU